UGUUCAAGUUUGCGUUUUAUUCCUAUUAUUAUUAGAUUAGUUGCUGGCUGUGUGUUUUGAAACGGACUUCCUCUUAAGUUCACUGUAGUUCAUGUUCCGUGACGAAAUACUCACACCUUCCAUUCUCGUCCAAUGAAAUGGCGUAAAAUAGCUCAGCAGAUAAGUGCGUCAGCAAAUAACAGGACAGACCUACCGUGGAUUUAUUUAAAACUCAUAUAUCAAUUAUUAGUUUUGGGGGGGUAUAGUUAUGGCUGAGUAAACGUCAUUUUCCAUUGCAUAAAUUGUGAGAAAAAUGUGAUCUCCUACCAAUGUCUUCCACCCAUAAAACUGCUCACGUUACGAAACACGUGAAACUUAUCUUUAACGCCAGAGAAAACAUCUUGAAAGUCACGCCAGUGCAGCGUGACAUAAUAAUCCUGUUUGCAGUCAUUCUGUUUUCGUUAAUAAUUGUAGGCCUACACUUAGAACAGUGGACAUUGAAGAAGACUGUAACUUCUCCGGAAUUAAAAAUACUGCAGACACUCCAAGUAGAACGUAUAUUCAACGAAAAGGGUUGUACGGGGUUAUACUUCUGAAAGCACCGGAUUGUCCACUUGCACAUGGACGAAUUGGGCCACAUCUCGCAGUGGAGGGCCAUCGCUGCUGGUGGGCUGGCUGGAAUCGCAGCUGCUCUGGUGACGUACCCGCUGGAAGUGGUGGAAACGCGGUUCAUCGCUCAGAACUGCCGGCAGCCAACAUACAGAGGAAUUCUGCACAGCCUCUCCAACAUCGUCCACAGCGAAGGACUGAAGGCCCUUUACCGGGGUUUCUCUUUGACAGUCAUCGGCGCUGUUCCUUUCUCCCUGGGCUGUUACGCAGUGUACAUCAAUUUGGACAAUCUGUGGCAGGAGCCCAGCUUUCGUUUCACACCCCUGCAGAACUUCAUCAACGGUUGUGUGGCCGCAGGGCUGGCCCAGACCCUCUCUUUCCCCUUUGAGACAGUUAAGAGGAAGCUGCAGGCCCAGAAUGCUCUGCUGCCACACUGUGGCGGGGCUGAUGUCCAUUUUAGCGGCACGCUCGACUGCUUCCGACAGGUCAUCAAAAACAAGGGCAUUCUGUCUCUGUGGAGUGGCCUUACUGCCAACAUGAUCAAGAUUGUCCCCUACUUUGGCCUGCUCUUUAGCUGCUUUGAGAUGUGCAAGCAAGUCUGCCUGUAUCGCAAUGGCUACAUCGUGUCUCCGCUGAGCUACCAGCUCACCCCGGGAGUGGACCAGAGCCUGGGCCCGUCAGAGUUAGAGGAAGUGAAGAGGUACCUGAGGAACAGGAACUUCUGUGCAAAACAGUCAACCAUUGACAACCGGUGGUGACACAGGCCUCCAGCCCCUGAGGCCCUGAACUGCUGAAUGCCAGCAGAAGGAAUCAUCAGCUCAGCCUGCCUAUGACUCCCCAAAUGGAACAGAAAUCCCUGUUGGACAACUUGGGGGAGGAUACUGCUUCUUGAUUGAGAAGCCAUUUUUGGUGCAGAUGUUUACUUGCACACCUUGUGUCCAUGGAUUACCUUGGGCAGUACAUGAUGCAAUUGGUACAGUUGUUAAGAAAUUUGUGUUCCUCAUGCCAUAUUGUAUUUGCAAGUGGCAAAGCAUUACACAGCAACUUGACAUACUCAGCAGUACAUACUUUGAAGUAAGUUUGUGAUCAGACAAUAACUUGCAGUACCAUUCUCUAAACUUGAUGAAACAUUUGUAUGAAUUAUCUUUAUUCAUUCAACUACAGGGAGUGCAUAAUGCAUAGUAUUAUGGCAUGGUUAGGUUCCAAGCACAUCCAAAAUGAAGGAUAAGAUACAGGAAAAUGAAGCACUGACCUAUGCUGCUAGAGAUAGAUUGUCUGCAGAAUUAUUGCUGGAAUUAUGUUGAAUGCCUUAAUGCAAAUCCUUGCUGCAAAUAGCAAACUAUUUUGUUUGAUGCACACAUCUAUGUGCCUUGUCAUUUAAAUCUUUACAAGCAAAUUUGUGUGGUAAAUCUUUAUCUUGAUCAUAUGCAUUUAGAAACAAGAUAAUUAUCUCAUGAUUUAGUUAGUGUUUAUUCAAGAGAAGGCUUUUUUUCAUUCCUGAAAUGCAGUGCCAAUCAGAUGCCAAAAGCACUUUGCCACAUGUCUAGAAACCUAGACAUGUGGCAAUGUGAGAGACCACUCCAUUGAAAUUUUAAGGAAAAUACAAUUACUGUUUGUCAUAUGAUGUUUUUAUGUAUUUACGUUUAGGAAAAAAGGUGUCUUUCCAUAUGUGUAUUAAAAACAAAUGUGCAUUGAA